AUGACUGCUCUCAAGACCAACAUCCUCCUCCUCGCCACUCUCUGCGUUAAGCUAGCCACAGCUCAGCCAAACGAAGACAUCGUCAUCCCAAGCUCCCUGCCCGGCUGCACGUCCACCAUGACACUCACACAGUCUCGCCUCUCGACUCCCCCCUUCUGGCAGCAGUGUUCCUGGGAUGGGACCAUGACUGUAUAUCCAUCCACCGUCACGAUUGAUGACCCGGUGGACUGCCAUGGAUGCACGGAUGUUCGAGUUACGGCGGUUCCUAUGGUGCAUUGUCCGGCGAUGAUCAUUUCGACGGUGGUGCAUGCGGCGACGCCUUCGACGAGUUAUCGCACUGUUUGCGCGGUGACUCCUACGCCUACGGCUUGA